CUUCCGCGGGGAGCAGGAGGCGGAAGCCGCCAAUAGGCGUGUGCGGAGGGGGCGGUACCGGGAGCGGGGCCCGCACGGAUGCACCUGUCUGAGCACUGUGAUCCAGGAAUCUUAACAGUCUGCCAGCAUGAAGUACCCGUGAUGAGUUUGAAAUCUGCACCAUCUUGGAUUAUCUGAAGGACUCUGUGUAUGAGAUAUCUGCAGUCUCUUGAGUUUCUCUCUUUCCCACUGUGGCACCUUGCACUUCUGGUUAAACCUGUUGUUAAGUUCCACUCUACAAACCAAAGUUUCUUCAGAGGAGGAAGAGGAGAUUUCAUUCCCAGAGAGUGUAUGUUGAUUCACACAUCACAUCAAGAGCUACUCUAUUAGUUGUCCUCAAGUUCCUUAUCAGAACAUUCCUUACCCAGCUGUACACUCCUUGUGCCCGCCAGACACUGCAGAAGGGGGUCUGACCAGCUCUGCCCUGCUGGGGGAACACUGCACCUCUGCUCCCAGUUGCCAGAUGAAAGUCGUUUCUUUGCAAGUGCACCAAGAACCAAAUGCAAGCUUAAUGGGCUCUUUCAGAGAAAUGGAUGAUUUAUGCCAGCCAUGUCUCUAGCUGAGUGGGUUCCACAGCCCUCUGACUCUGUGGGCCUUUGUUAGCAGGCACUCUGGGAACUGUUGACCACAACGUUCAUGUUGAGCGUGUUGUGUUUUAAGGUUUUGAGGAAAAUGCAGAGACGGCACAGCAGCCUCACCGACAGCGUUCCCCCUGAAAGAAACCGGAGCCAGACAGUCAGUUCUGAAACCAGCGUGGAUGAAAGUGGAGUCUUUGAAAGUCUGAAGGCUGAAGCCUCCUCACCACAGCAGCUGUUCUCAGGCCUGGCAGGCAUCCCCUCGGGCACCAUCACAGCCACACCAUUCCAGUCAGGUUUGGUUCUGGGCUCUUCAGCAGGAGGUGGAGAGGUCUUCAUUCAGAUGCCAGCCCCUCGGGAGGAAGGCAGCAGUCGUGCAGAAGGAGCCCCCUUUCACCACAGGCAGCCCUCCCAUCAUUUCCACCACGGCCACCACCGGGGUUCAUCUCUGCUGCACAUGGCAGGAGGGGACCGUCACGGGCAUGCUGAGGAAGGCAGUGAUGAACAGGCUGGCACUCCAGCCCCAGCUCUGUCAGAGUUAAAAGCUGUGAUUGGCUGGCUGCAGAAGGGACUUCCCUUCAUCUUGAUCCUCCUGGCUAAAGUUUGUUUCCAGCACAAGCUUGGGAUUGCUGUCUGCAUUGGCAUGGCCAGCACCUUCGCUUACGCCAACUCCACGCUCCGAGAGCAAGUUGCUCUGAAGGAGAAGAGGUCAGUGCUGGUUGUCUUGUGGAUCCUGGCCUUCCUCACUGGAAACACCUUGUACUUGCUUUACACAUUCAGCUCUCAGCAACUGUACAACAGCCUUAUAUUUCUGAAACCCAACCUUGAGAGGCUGGACUUCUUUGACCUGAUGUGGAUUGUAGGGAUUGCAGACUUUGUACUGAAGUACCUCACCAUUGCACUGAAAUGCCUGAUUGUUGCCCUGCCUAAGAUCAUCCUAGCUGUCAAGUCAAAGGGAAAGUUUUACCUGGUGAUUGAGGAGCUGAGCCAACUGUUCCGCUGCCUUGUCCCCAUCCAGCUGUGGUAUAAAUACAUCAUGGGAGAUGAUCCAUCCAGCAGCUACUUCCUGGGUGGGAUCCUGAUCAUCCUGUACAGCCUCUGCAAGUCUUUUGACAUCUGUGGUCGUGUGGGAAGUGUCCGGAAGGCACUGAAGGUCCUUUGCACCCCACAGACCUAUGGAGUUCGUGCUACCAGCCAGCAGUGCAGUGAGGCAGGUGACAUCUGUGCCAUUUGUCAAGCAGAGUUCAGGGAACCUCUGAUCCUGAUGUGCCAGCACGUGUUCUGUGAGGAAUGCCUCUGCCUCUGGUUUGACAGGGAGAAGACCUGUCCUCUCUGCCGUUCCGUCACAGUCGAGACCCUGCGCUGCUGGAAGGAUGGCACCACCUCUGCUCAUUUCCAGGUGUACUGAAACCUGUAUGUACUGACAAAUAACAUGUGCAAAGAGAAGAAAAAGCUGGAAAACCUGGUGAUCCCAUUUCCAUACUUAGUUGCCUGUUGUUGUCUUAGGCUGUCAUCCAGCUGUGCUUCUCCAGCAGCCAACAGAACAAUGGUUACUAACCAGAAACUUUAUCCUUACAGAGAAGAAUGAUGUUGGGUUUGUUAUGGCAAACUCUGUGGCUAAGCUACAGCCAAGAUUUUUCUUUGUUAUAAACUGCCUGGGAUGUUUCCUUUUUUCCUGUCCUUUAAGUAUAGAUAAAUGUUGUGUGUAUAAUGAAAGAGUCAUGUGAAUUGCAUGUGUAUAACCUGGUACACUGGAAAAAAAAAGUCCUCUGGCUCAGAGCAGUCUUGAGGUUUUUCCCAUAAAAUGGCUCUACCUUCCUUGAAACUCAUACCUUCACAGAAUUACACUGCUGCUGCUUAUUCCCUCUGAGAACUUUUCCAAAACAGUGCUUCAGAACCACCUGCUCAAAGCUCAUUUGGGGCUGAAGAAACACCAUUUCCCAGCAGCCACGUUUUUGCAGUGGUGGUGUCUCAAUAAACACUGAACUUGGGAAAGACCAUGUUAGGGAAGCUGGAAAUGACACUUUCUUGGGAAUGUUUUUCCUCUUUCAUUUGCAUGAUCAGCCUUUCUGAUUUCCUAGCAUAUGGGGAGAAGAGUGGGAAGCAAGGAGAGGUUCAAAUCAAGUUUGAUUUGACGAGGUGAAAAGAUCUGAACCGAAAGCAUCUGACACGUCCAGGUACCAGCGUGCUCCUCAGUGCAGCAGCUUGAGGCUUCCUGCCCUUAGAGCCCAGCUCCCCCCAGCAGCCAGACCCUGCCUGCCUCCAGAACCAGAAAAAACCCAAUGCCCAGACAGCGCUGAGCCCUGCGGGAAUGCUGGAGCAUCAGGAUGCAGAGCCCCGCUGGAGAGAUUUACUGCUUGAGGGCAGAAUCACACGGAACAACCGCAUUCCCUCAGGAGCCAGCCUGCUUUAUACCCAGGCUGCAUAAUCCACCUGUGAGGGUGGAGACUUGAUGGUGACACUUCAGACAAAAGCCCUUGGAGCCAACACCUGGUGUUGUUGACAAUUGCUUCAGUUCCUGUCGCUGCAGUGCCCUCUCUGCAGCAAUGUCACCGCGGCUGGGGUGCUGCAGUGGCACUGGAGUGGAUAAUCGGGAAGAACUGUACCUGGGGGAAAUGAGCCCGUGCUCCUCUACUGACUGCUGCCUUCCCGUCCUGCUGGGAAACUCCACAGGGAGAACUAAAGCAAACAGGAGCUAAUGGUAACAGGAUUAAAGCUCCACAUUUCUUGGGAAAUAAUAGUUCAGUAUGGCCGGAGGAGAAAUGAGGAGAGGCAGAGUCUGAGCUGGGAAGAUAGUCCAAAUCUGGCUGGAGAGAUACAGGGAAGUGGAGGAGGAAAAGCUUUGCUUGUCAAAACGAAGUGAUUCGAUUCUUGUCAAACAGAUCCCAUGCAAUUGGAGAACUCAGCCAAGGAAUCCAGAGGCUGUCUGCAGUGGGAAGAGCCUUUUUGAGGUUUUCAGUGGGCAGGAAAUGUUACGUAUGUUGCCUACCAUACCUGGAACAUCUACCAGGAAGAGGGAAAAUUACUUAUUCCAUGGACAGGCAAUGUAUGGAAGGUUUCAGCCUCAGUUUUCAGUUCAUUAAAGAGUUGGUCAGAGCUGCUUUCAAAAUAUUUGAAAAGCCACUUCUAAUUCAGGUGUGGUUUUUGGGUUUUUUUUCCUAAGUGCUCCUGGAAAAUGUAUUUGGAAAAGUGUAUGAAAAUGUUACUGUGAGCCUAAAGCUACAGCUAGCAUGUAAUACAGAAUUCCUGGGUUUCUAUUGGUGAUAAGGAAGGCAAUCAAAGGCAAUCAAAGGGGAAUGGUUAUUUACCAUUCCUAUAGUCCUUUUUCUUUCCUUUUUUUUCCUUAUUGAAUGAUCCCUCCCCAUUCAGCAGUGUGAGUGAGAAAGAGGGGACUUGAAGCACCCUGCUGCAGCCCAAGGACUCAGAGUUACAGAGAUGGUUUUGUGAGGCAGGACAAUUCUGUCCUCUCUAGAGCAUGACGAAAAGAGAAAACUUCAGUUCUAGUGACAACUGAUGAGAAACUUUGGUUAAUUUCCAUGGGAAAACACUCAGGGUAGUGGAAAGAAAUUAUCUGCUCAAAUUUCAGAGAAGAAAUAAAAAACGGAGCCUUUUUUUUUUUUUUUUGCCAUUGAACAGUUAUUUUUCUUUUUUUUUUUUUUUAAUAAAGUCAUUAUAAAUAUGUACAAAGAGUCUCAGCAUAUGAAAUUCCUUUUACAAAAGAGAGAAGCCACAUCCAACCAUAAGCAGGAGCCCUUACAAACUCCUGUCAGCAGUGAGCAGCAUAUGCUUUGCUCUUGCUUUGGUGAGGGUGGAAACUUGCACAGUGACUCUGCAAGAGUUUACAUCCAAAUAGUACUAAAUCAGUAAUGUGCAAGGAGUUGGGUAUUCACUGCAUUAAAUCAGUUUCAUUCUGUUAGCAAUGCAUCUGGGAAGGGACUGGGAAAUUUGCAGAUGUCUCAAGGACUAACGAUGAUGGGAAGAUUUUUUUUUUUCUUCUCAUAAACUGUAUUCUUCCAAGUUGAUUGGGAAGAUUAUGCUGUGAAUACCCAAGAACACAAAAUCCCACUGUCUCUGGGUUUGCUCUCUGCUGGGGUGACAUCUGUAACAAAUAAUGGAUGCAAGUAAUAAUGGCAGCUCAAUACCCAGGUGCUUUCAGAAUUUGUCAAGCUCCAAAGUUGCUUUCUGCAAUUAUUAAAAAAAAUCUGUGAAAUUCAAGUACUUAAGUAUUCCUGCAGCAUGGAUGCUGAAGAAGUGUGAUGGGAGUCAGCUGAAAAUUCACUCUUGUAUUCAAAUAAAUAUUGUCAGGAAAAG